AUGAGCUCCAGAAGAACGUGGCACCUACUACGACGCUCGCUCGAUCAUUGUGGGUCCAAGUCGUCUGUGCAAAAACAGCUUCACCAGCUGCUACAUCGUUACCCUGGCACGGACGCCGAGCUGCUCGAAGAGUUGGCUCGUCGAUAUGUGAACCUCGCCCAGCCGAACGCACUGCCAGAGCGCUUUGCCCCGUACCGUGGCAAACUGCACCCCCGACUGGACGAAGAUAUUACGGAGGCGGAAAUGUACACCGCAGUGCUCAAACUUGAUAACACGUCAGCAUCUGGUCCUGAUGGCGUAAGCAACAAGUCCCUCCGAAAUCUCCACGUGAAAUCGAUGGCUGCGCUCACGCGGUACGCUAACGAGUGCUGGCGCUCGGGCCACAUACCACAGGAGUGGAGACACGCGAGGCUCGUAUUUAUCCCCAACCCAGGCAAAAAGAUGAACAUCACCAACCUACGCCCUAUAUCGCUCACAUCUUGCAUCAGCAAGCUAAUAGAACACGUUGUCUUUGCCCGAUUACAGAUCUACGCUGAAGAAAAUGACCUUCUCUCUCCCACGAUGCUCGGCUUUUGUGCCCACUUAUCGACGCAAGAUGCGCUAGCGCGAAUACACCAUGACCUCCAUCGUAUCCCGCUGAAGGCCGGCACUCACGCCAGUGCUUGGUCUAGAUCUUCAUAA